CCACAAACCUCUCUAUCGAGGUGGAAGCUCGAGGCAGGUGUACACAUAUUACAAGUAAGUUCUGAGCAGAUAGUGGCAAUUACGGUUGAAGCCAUGAGCUGCUGCAGCUAUUUGAUCACUCGAGGCAACAGAACCUGGUCAUUCCAGCAUCAGAAGUGUGAGCCAUGAACAGCAUCGCGACCGUGGUUUUUGCCGCAGUGCUUGGUGCAGCAGUGGCACACCCAUCAAGCUGACCCUGCAACUUUGCUUGCAUGGCCGCGAAGCAGCCUGGUGGAGUCUUCGGUGGGAUGGGCGUUGCCAACUUCAAUAAUGGCACUGACGCCUGCGUGAUUACCACGGACAUCCCAGCCGCUGGAUACACUGGUGGACAAAACUAUACGGUGACUGUGACAUCUACUGGCACGUUUGCGCAGAAAGUGACCUGCAGCUCUGGGAUGUUUGGCGAUGACGACACGUCGAACCAGCCAACAAAGGCGCGGUCGGACUCAUACCUGGACUGCUCCAACAAGUGGUGCUCCUGCCUCUUUCGGUGCCAUGGACAGAAUCCAUCCAGUUGGGAAGAGGUCGACUGGUGGGAGCCAUUGGGGUUUAGUGAAGAAAGAGAUCUCAAGGCAUGGGUCAAGGGGGUUCAUGUUCAUCUUCCACAAGCACAAAGCUGGCUUCGUAUCAAACCUCGGUGCCCCGUUUUGGGUAUGGGGUUUAUCAAGUGAUUUGUACUCUCCAAGAUACUUUAAUACAAUGUGUCCAAGACAUGUUCUAGCUGCAAAUCUCAUUGUCACUAGAAUCUGACACCUAGAAGAUAAACACACCUUCAAGGUACCUCCUCAAGUUCAUUAACAGUGUUUCGGGAGAAGGACACGCAUUUGUUGGUAUCAUUUUGAGAAAAGUUCCUCUCAGUGAACCAUCCCGUUCCGACUCAAUGCUUUGGCAUUCAGCUUGCGCAAAACACAAACAUCAAUAUAUGAUCUAUAUGCUUGGGUGUCCUUUGUCAGACCUUGACCACUUGCAGGAUCUUGCAGGUCAAUGAACAGAGAAAGGCGAUAAUUGAUCACCUGGACGAAGAAAGUUUAAUAAGUACAGUAGGUUGCAAUUAUUAAUUCACUUGAUAUCUAGGUGUACAAUUUACAAUCUGUCAAAUAUGUUCCUUUUGGAUUGGUUGAUUUGUAAGGCCAGAUUCUCAAAGAUAUUGGGCACUAUAUAAACCAAAUAAAGUGACUUGAACACUUCCAGUGACUAACUAGACGGUGCUUGUGUUCUAGACAUUCCUAGACCAUGUACAUCAAAGGAUCUUAAUAUGUGACUCUUCUACCUACCAAAAUAUUUUCUUUGAAAUCACUGUAAAGACAUGACUGCUGUGAUUCCCUACAAAGACCCAUCCAAAAGGUCAGUGAAGGGGGUUGGGGCUCAACAUGGCUGCCCUUGCCAGCUGCCGCCUGUGGCGACUCCACGGAGAUGAAUCUUGCAGCCCAUGUG